AUGCGACGUGAGUCCGACUUUAGCCGCAUUCCCAAGCUUCUUCCUUUACUAGGGCUACACAACAGCAGACAAUUGAAGUUCAUGUUGCCGACAGUUCUUCAGGAGUCUUCGACUGGUCAUUCACUGCUGCGUGGUUGGUUUCGCAAAUACCACCGGAUGUCGACUGGUAACUGGAAAGGGAUGCGUCUCUGGCUGCUUGUUCUGGCGAUGCUCGUCGCACUGUUUUGCGUGUUGCGCAUUCCGCCGCAGGUACUUCUCCCCGACUACUGGAAACCGGAGUGGUUUUACGCGCCGUUGAACUUUAGCUACGAGGUGGAGCUCGCGUCCGCCGUGCCGGUGCAGGAGCCGCCAACCGUCAUCCCGAAUAUUGUCCACUUUAUUCAUGGCCUGACGCCAGACUUUGGAAAACGACCUUUUGGGCUCGUCGAAUAUCUGGCGGUCAAGGCCGCGCAUGAGGUGAUCAAGCCGAGAUCGAUUUACCUCCACUACAUGUACAGACCUGAAGGUUAUUGGUUUGAAAGAGCCCUUCCCUACGUAACGCUCUCUCCGAUAACGGAGCUCCAUCCAUUGCCGAAUGUGAGCAUGCAGCACUUUGCGCAUCUAGCCGAUGUGCUACGUUUGCUCAUCCUUAUCCAGCACGGAGGUAUCUAUCUGGAUAUGGAUGUGCUGGUACUACGUGAUUUCACACCACUGCGGACCCAGUACAAGGUGACGCUCGGACGAGAGCAGGUGCGGAAUACCCCAUCGGUGCGCUGGCCAGACCCGGGCGGUGUUGCCAACGCCGUCAUUGUUGCUCCCGUUAAUGCAUCGUUUCUUCAUCGCUGGCUUGCUACCUAUGCCACAUUUCAAGAGAAGGACUGGGCAACCCAUAGCGUCACCAUACCGUACGUGUUGGCUCGUACACACCGUUUCGAUGCGGAGCUUCACGUCGAAGGCCCGCGUUCCUUCUACUAUCCGACCUGGGCGCCAGACGAUCCAGUGCACGGUCUCCCGCGUCUCUACGCGAGGGCACACCGGCGAGGAGCACGCGAGGCGUAUCGUUUCGAUGAAGGAAACUAUGCGGUCCACUUGUGGCGAACCAAAGCUGCCGAGGUGUAUCCCUCACGUGACCUGUUCUCCGUUGCGCAUAUCUGUAAUCACCGAAAUGAUCCAGAGUACGCGUUGUCGACGUUUCAGCGAGUUGCGCGUGCUAUUUACGGCGAGUGCUAG